AUGUCGGAGCACAACGUAAAAUGGAAACAGCAGCUCGCUGACAGCCGCGACACGUUCGAGGCAAAAGUCGACGUAAUUUUGCGCUCUUUGCUUAAUGAAAUGUCUGGAGGCACGUCUACGACUGAGAAACCUCCUGAGCGGAGCGAAGCAGCGACUCAGACGGAGCCUGAAGUUUCAAACAUGCAACUUGUCGUGUCGCUCUCACCUGUGGUGACUACAUCGGACAGUGGGACACUCGUGGACCAAAAGGACGAGGCUUCGCGCGAUAUACUGCACCGGUUGAGGGAGUCCAUGCCUGAGGGUGAAGAGGCGCUGCGAGCGACGAUAGCCGUUACAUAUUCCAUUCUCAUUCAACAGAAGAGCACGAUAAGAAGUUUUGAGCAAUCUUUGGUAUCUCUGAGGGACGAAAACUCGGUUCUCGUGAAACGCCUGGAAGCAAAGGAGGCGGAGAAUCGCAAAUAUCAGGCUGCCCAGGAAACACACGAAAUCACUACGAAUAGACUGACGGCAGAGCUGAAAAAGGCAGGAAGAGAAGUCGAAACACUGCGAAAGUCGAUUGGCGAGUUUCACAUACCAGCAAGUCCAUUAUUCCAAAGCGUCAAAGAUGCCGUCCUCAGGGAUAUGCGAGGAGAGAAAUCGGUCUCACCCCGUAUUCUUUCACAUCCGCUCCAACUAACAGAGGACUUGCCAGAGGCGCGGCCUGUCAAGCGGCCACGAACAAACUCGCGUGACCUGUCGACUUCCCUCACCUCUGGACACGCAAAUGCAGAACAUGUUUCCCAACCAUCCAUCGGCUCCGCCUCGACCAACUUAUACCAAUCAAUCCCAUCCCGCAAAUGCACCACCGCAAAUGCCAGCCCAGAUGGUUCACCCCAUUUAAACCUGCGCGGCCGUGGUCAUCGACCUUCUCGCUCGCUCUCCCUGGAUGUCCAUCCCAACCCACAUUUCCAGCCGCCUCUACCUACACAAGGUCCUCAGAGCUCCAUGUUACUUUACACGGUUCAACAAUCGAUUCCUCCCAAUGGUAACGGUCAACCGCAGAUUACUGCGAUACCGUAUGGUUGGAAGCCUCCGUCCGCUUCGCCUGCUGGACCAGUUAUCCCAAUCCGAUCCUCACACCCGCCUCCUCCACUACCGGUCACUAUUGAAGACCGAUCAUCUACUUUACUGUCGAUGCCGCCACCAUCUCAGCAAAUGCAUGCACCUCAGCCACAGCCGCGGUCAGCCAAUCAGUCGCCGGCGACUCAACCACCUCUCUCUCUCGUGGGAAGGAGUCCAAGUUCUCAUUCCAGAAAUUUGGAAGGCAGUAUCGAGGGUGCGGUGCCAAUGAACAGGUCGCAAGCCAAUUCAAGCAGUAACCCAACAUCAGGUGUUGGAUCAACUGGUAGUGCCGUGAAUCCUGUCUCUGGACCUUCUUUUCCGCGGCUACCUACGAGGCCAGGCCCGCCAAAGGUUGUUCCGAUCGAGAUGUCGAAUCCCAAGGCACGACGGCUGUGUGAAGCAUUGUGGGAUUUGACAGAGGUUGACAACGUCCUCGCUGGCAGGUGUAAGACAUGCGGGUUAACGGGACAGAUCAUUGGAUCGUUUGGUGACGCCUUGCAGCAUUCUGCCAACUCACAUCUCGCGCAAUUUGAUGAUGCGUAUGUAACAUGUAUCGAGGGACAAAGCAACUCCAAGACUUCGUAG